UCAUCAUUUUCGUAUUAACCUUUGCGCUGUGCAAUCUGCCAUAUCAUGCGCGCAAAAUGUGGCAGUACUGGUCACGUUCAUAUCGCGGUGAUUCGAAUUUCAAUGCGCUACUCACACCGCUCACCUUCCUCGUCACCUAUUUCAAUUCGGGCAUUAAUCCGUUGCUCUACGCCUUUCUAAGCCGCAAUUUUCGCAAAGGCAUGAAGGAGCUGCUGUUGUGUUCCUGGAAGAAGGGCAAGGGCAAAUCAUCGUCGAAUUCAUCGAUGCAUCAAAAGCGCGUGGCAUUGCAGGUAACUCACUCGCUACCAACCGACACAACGCAUAUUGGCAACGAACAGCUAUGAUGACCCAUUCGUCGCGUUCGCAUACAACGGCGAGCUUUUGGCACAGCCUCGUAAGCUUCUCACCCGUCGCAGCAUA